AUGAUCCACCGAUCUCCUCUUCAGCACAACAAGGGCAAAGAUCCUCAGAGGAAGGUUACUCCGCCUGGCCCCUCAUACAUGUCCAACGAUCAGAUCGCAAGCUAUCUGAAAGACUUGCGGACCAAUCGACCAACACGUCCAGGUGGCUCUCGACCGUUACCUACCAGGACAGACUCAGCUUCCAAACCUCGAGACGAACUUCCGCCACGGGCUACAUCUGCAAUGUCGAUGUACGGGAACUCGAGAGCGCCUCCAGCAGCUGCGCCAGCUGAGAUUGAACGACCCCGCGCCGCCAGUGCUCUUUCGAACCACCGACCAGUCUCAUUCCGCAGCUCUUUCAGCAGCUCAAACGGCCGCCCAUUAGUUCAGGAGCCGAGAGUUGUUCCCGUUCGACAGAAUGUCUCGCCAACUCGGGCUUUCUCUCGGGUUUCAGCGAGUACUCCAACACCGAGCUACCAAGAAAGUCCCGAACGGCAAAAAGAGCGGGAGGAAGCAAGAGCUCUGCGUGACGCCUUGCAGGGAAUGGGCAUUGACGACGAAAUGCGUAUCCAUGAAGAUGCACAGAACGAAGCGACGGAACUGGUUUGGAUGCACCAAAACCCAGGUCUCCAGUUCAAGAACCCUUAUGCGCCAUACCGUAACCCAGACAUGAAGAGCCCACAGAAGUCCGAAGAUCAGAAACAACCAUACGAACCUCGAAGCCCAUUUCGAAAGUCGUGGCGUGACAGUCACCGUAUUUCCUUCCGAAGUCAAUCUACCAAAACCAUUCCAGAGACCGACUCUACUGAACCAGGAGAGGAAAGCUCUCCCAGAAAAAGCGGCAUCCCAAGGAAAAACCAUAAGGUUGACUUUGCGCUUGCGGGGGAUCCGGAGCAAACUGAUAGUAGCCGUGGACUGGCGCUUGCGGGGGCAAGUAAAGACUCGUCUAAAGGCAUUUUCAGAAACCCGAAAGACCAGAUUUACGAAGAGCCCCAUAAUCCUGACCAAAAUGACGACAAACGUUCUGUAUUCUCAAGGUCGGAUUCGUCGGCCCUCCGAACGAAGCCGCGCAAUGCACUUCCUCAAGGAUCUCGACCUUUACCAGGCCGAUUUGGUAGCAUUCCGUUUGCUGAUAAAUUGUCUCGCUUUGAGCUACAUAAACACCCGCCUACUCAGUCAAAAAAUGCCGAGUACAAGACCAACGCACCGUCUCCGCCUAUUGCUGGAGUAUCGCAAGAGAAUACUGAGCCGGUUCCAACAAAAGAUGGACUUGAAAUCCGCAGCGAAGAUAUCAGGGCAGCUACGAGCAAGAAGAGAUCAGAGCGCAGCUCAAGGCUCCCCAUGCCUACUGCAGUCAGUGAUCGUGUCGGCCGACCAAUUGUUAGCUUCGAUUCGUCCUGGCAGCCAACAGUAGCGCAGAGCCCUCCCAAGAGAGAGAUACCGGAAAUUCAACUUCCUGAGUCUGCUCCGUCACCCCCAUCUAUCGAAGUAUCCGAGGCGCCUUCUGUUCCUGUUAUCAAUCUACCGGAUGAGAAGGAGCCCACUAUAGCGGAAAUGAGUCCUUCCAAGGACAACAAACCGAUCCCUCGACCGCCAUCAGAACUAAAGGACCGUCAGCGACCGGGAUCCGGGCCCAGAAAGUUUGUGCCAUCUCAAGAUCGGUGGAUGUCUCAUUACUCCCGUGCCGGCGUACCUACUGCGUCAUGCGAAGCUUGCUCACUUCCUAUUGCCGGUAAGGUUGUCACCGCUGCCGGGACACGUUUUCACCCAGAGUGCUUCACCUGUCACCACUGCCACACCGCACUAGAAUGCGUGGCGUUCUAUCAGGAGCCGGAUGCAAAGCGAAAUGAACGACUUGCAGAAUCUUCGGCAGAUGAAGACGCUCACUCUCUGAGGUUCUACUGUCAUCUUGACUUCCACGAAAUGUUCAGUCCGAGAUGCAAAAGCUGCAAGACACCUAUCGAAGGAGAAGUGAUUGUUGCCUGCGGAGCAGAGUGGCAUGUCGGCCACUUCUUCUGUGCCGAAUGUGGAGAUCCUUUCAACUCGCAAACUCCCUUUGUGGAGAAAGAUGGCUAUGCCUGGUGUUUGAACUGCCACUCUCGCAGAACUGCACCUACAUGUGCAGGUUGUAAAAAGCCUGUCCUCGAUGAUGUCGUGAUCACCGCGGUGGGCGGCAAAUGGCAUGAAAACUGCUUUGUCUGCCAUGAAUGCGGCGAUGGGUUCGGCCCGGAAGGUCGCUAUUUCGUCAAGGAGGGCGAGCCUAGACGGACCGCCAAAGGCCGAAUCAUUGGAGGGCCGGUCCAGCUGGCCGUGUGCGAGCGAUGCGAGGGCAUUCGACUGAAGUCUUCACCUAGAGCUUGA